AAAAAAAUCAAAACUAAAAAAUAAAAAUCGAAGUAAUAAAAUAUAUUCACUUUACCAAACAUAAUCUGAUGGAUUAUAUACCAAAAUAUAAUAAUAAUUAAGUAUUGAUUAUAAAAUAAUAGUCUUUAGAUCUUGCUAUAAUUAAAGUGACAUAUCCAUCCAUCCAUCGCAUUAACCGACGUGUCUUGUGUGAAUAAGUAAUGAAUUCCAAGACUUACAUUGGAUUCGUUGCUAUUAUUUGGAAACCGGCAACGAACUUUAUGAAAUUGUCAUCGAUACGCAAUCCGCACCGUCUACAUGGGAAAGCACAGACAAUAAACUGAUCAUGAUGCCGAGCAAACCGAUGAACUUCGACCACAUGAAGGGUGACGCGGCCUGUGUCCAGGAUUUAGAAGUCCGGUGCAUCGUCGAGUUUGAAGACGAUGAGACUUUUAGACAUAGAAACCACAACAAAAUGAUUGCACUACCCGAAUGUCCUGUUAUGAGGCAAAGGUUAGCACGACACAUGCGCGAGUGUCGCGGCAGGAGACCGCUCAGCGUGGACAGUGGGACGAGGCCAUUGGUUGAGGACAUUGGGACGGAGCCAGUUAACGUCGAAAUCGGGACUUGCUGUUCGGAAUGUCAAGCAAUGAAUUUCGACAAUUUGAAUGUAAAAGAAAAAACAAAAUCCGUGACCAAUCAGGAGGUGUUGACAGAUUUUUUUGGAAAAUCAAUAGCCCUAUCGCCAUCUAUAUCCAUGGACGACAAGUUAACUGGUGCAUUGAGGCAAAUAGGUAUCAGUAAAUCUUUGGCUAGAGAGGCACAUAUGCGUACAAGACAUAAUCGCAAGAACAAUACACCCGAGACACGAGUAAAGGAAAAUUACACUGUAGAAAAUAAUACAAGUAAUGAAUAUAAACUGAAAAAUAGUGAAACUGUUAUAUUACAUCCUAAAGGCCAAUACAAAGAUCAUUUGCAGACUAUUAUAUUACAAUGGCUCAUGGAAAUACCGGUAUUUCCGUGUAUCGAUCAAGCAGCGAAGAUAUCAAAAGAAAAAGCUAUAGAAGAGCUAAAUGAAGCGAUAUGUCGCCUCUCUGGUGACGUCAACGAUGAUUCUUACGAAGAUUACGUUAAAUUCCAUAUCAAAAAUUUCAUAGACAAUUUGCCUAUUUGGUUCAUGUGCACUAUAAAGGAGCAAGACGUUUAUAAAUCCCAUUUAAUAAAUAAUCUAUUUCAAAAAAUUAAAAUAUUAAAUAUGGAAUCAUUCAAUGAAAAUUUCGACAAGAACACUUACGUGAGAAAGUGUUCUCACAGAAAAACAGAUAGAUCCGCUAAAAUAGAAGAAUUAGUUGUGAAUUUCAUUAAUAGUAUCAAGCUUAUAGAAAAAGAUGAUUGGGGGAACACAAUAAAUAUGAAAGAAGUAAAAAAAGUUAUACUAAAUCGAUUAAAACCUGUUGUAAAGGCGAUGUCGCAAAUGCAAGACAGUAAAUCGUAUCUGAAAAAUGAAUUAAUAAAUAUUCUCAAAGAUAUACCGAUUGCAUGGCCAUAUAAUACUAAUGAAAAUCUUGAUAAGUAUGCUGAAGAUUUAGCUGACAAUAUUCAAGCAGUAUGUAAGCAUGUUUGCUUUAGAAAUAAUAUGAACAAAACAUGCAUACAAAAUUUGGAAGCUAUUUAUGAUGAUCAACGCGAUAUGGAUUUUAUCAAAUUUAAGACAAUCAAAAACACUAUACAGUAUAUGAGCUCUGUUGUCGAUGUUGAUUUCCUUUGGAAUAAUGAAGAUGAACUAGUCGAUAUUCUUGGAGACUCAUACGACUCAAUCCAAUCAGGCAACGAAAGUGAUGCCAGAAGUGCAAUUUACGAAUUUUUGAACACCAGUUUCGUUAUUACCAAGGAAAAUGCUGCAUCUUUGGCAAAUUUGGCUGUAGAGAAAAUGAAAAACGCAUCCAAACUUACAACUGACAGAUCAUGCUCGCCCAUAUUUUUAAAAGACAACGUGCUGUCGAAAGACGUCAUGGUAUAUUUAUCAGAUCAUGAUUUAUCUGGAGAAGCUCCUACUAACUAUCCAAUUACGUCUACACCCAAAAAAGAUAUACCCAAAUUUAACGCAGAAGAACGAAAAUAUACAGACAAUUUAUAUAAAUUCAUAUCUACUUGGAUAGAUACUAUACCAGAAUUUGCUCAUGUAAAUAACGAUAAGAACUAUAAAGACGUAAUGGUAUCUGAUUUAGCUGGACAUUUGACUGACGAAAUAAAACUUGAGCAAUAUACACCAGACAAAAAAUAUUAUGGCUCUAGAGAAAAUAUGAUAAGUUGUGCAAUUAGGAGCUGGAUGAUCAAGUUUGAAGAAACCGCUUUUAAAAUUAUCGAAGAUAUCAAGCCGUACAUCGAUGAUUUUAUUAAACAAUUUCAAGAAAUUCCAAUACCUACUUUAACAAGACCUCAACAUGGUAAUAGAAAUGAAAUUAACAAUUUAGUAUUUAGAGAAAAUUUCUCCGAUGAAAACAUUGAUUUUGUACCAGAUGGUUUGGAUAUUAUUAAAGAUGGAAUAUCUAUUUGGAUGAACGAACAACCAGAUCACAUUUACUUAAAUGAGAAUAGAGAUGUCAGAAAUGACUUAUUAGAUGAUUUUGCAGUAAAGAUUCAACAUCAGCUUAAAAAUAAAAGACCAAGUGAUGAGAUCAAACAUGAAACUAGGAUAUGGUUGAAGAAGAUAUUAAAGCUAAAUGAAAUGAAAAACUUGGACAUUUUAGCUGAAGGUUUAAAGAAUAAAAUAAUUAAAAUGCAAUUGAGUGACAGUUUCGAAGACAAUUUAAAAGAUAUGGGAAAUAAUAUACAAAAAGAGAAUAUAUUACCCAAACAUGCAGAUAAGCCAACUGUCAACACUACAGCAGAUGGUGAACUAAACAAAACAUUGAAACAUUUUAUAGAUAAGUUUAUUGAACACAAUUGUGAGGAAGACGAUUCCCUAGUAAAGGGCGCUUAUUGUGAACUGCUAAAGUCUGAAUUUAGAAGAUAUAGUCCAGAAUCUAAAGAGGAGCUUUAUUCGAAAGGCGGAGAGCCAGAAUCAAAAGACAAAUUACCACAUAAGCUUAAAAGAGAAUUGUAUUACAUAAAAGUAAUAUCAGAUUGGUUGAAAAAUAUUCCUAUUGAAAACUCAUUCAAUGUUUCAGGUAAUAAUGAUAGGAUAGGGUUUAUUAUGAGCUUAGCUAAAGAUAUCUGCGAAGUAGAAAUGGAGAGAAUGCAAGCCCCUGACUUAAAAGAUUAUGACAAACAGCUAUCUGAACUGGUUUAUAAUAACUAUGUAAAAAAAAUACCUAUAUUAUCAAACUCUAUACAAUAUGAAGAACAAAUAGUUCAAGAACUAAUUAAUAAGAUCGUAAAAAGUCGAAAUGAGUUAAAUAAUAUGAAAAUAAACAAAACUGCAAACGACAGUUUGUAUAUUGAAAUGCAAGAACAAAAUAUAGGCGAGUUUAUUGAUGAAUAUAUUCGCGUCAACGGGAAAGAGAUAGCCGAUGAUCCUGUGAAGUUAGAAGUGUGGAACGCAAGGCUGUUAAAAGAAAUAAAUAGAAUGGUAAAUGAAUCUGAAACACCAUCAUCAUUAAAAAUGAAAGUUUAUGAUAAAGUAGCUGAUAUAUCAAUACCAGGAAAAGAUUCUGUUAUAGAAUUUGACCGAAAGCUCAAUUAUGCUCAUGAAAUAGGAGAUUGGAUAAAAAACAUGCCAUUAAAACCAGUAUUAGACCAUACAACUUCAGUAAUGAUAGCAAGAAUGAUAAAUGAUUUGGCGGAAAAAUUGACCGAGAAACAAUCUAUAGAUAUAAACAAUGAUCCAGAGUUAACACAAUACGUCACGGAUUGGAUAUUAGCUUUACCACUGGAGUAUGGGAAAGCAAUAGACACGUCAGUUUUGAUUCAGCAGUUGUCAAAACGAAUCAACAGAGUUAAUGAAAGCAAAAAUCAAAGUUUAAAUAUUACUGACGGAAACGGAAAUAAAAGCACCACGAAAACAAAUCAAAGUAAUUCAAAACAAUCUAUGUCCAAAAGUCAAAAACGCAAUUCUUCCACCGGCAAAAGUAAAGUUGGUAGUUCUGGUGAAUUGGUUGUAGAAGCUAUUCAAGACUGGUGUAACAAGUUACCCAUUAAAGAGAAGAAGGAUGAUGAUGAAAAGGUCAUAAAAGAUAAUAUAGCAGUGAGACUAUUUCAAAAAGUUGGAGAUCUAAACUUGGAUGCCAGAUUCAAUGAUGAUAUUUUAUAUAAAGAUCAAUUAAACAAUGAAAUAGAUGAAAUAUUUAAAGAUUUACAAAAAUAUAAUGACGUGAUUAAGAAAAAGGAAGCCCUUAAAGCAAGUUUGACAGAUAAUAUCGUAAACGCUCGAGGUAUAGUAAAAGAACGUACUGCCGGGGAUAUAUACAGGCACAAAUUGGAAAACACUAUUGAAGCAUCAAUACCUUCUCCUAUAACAUAUAGCAAAAUUUAUGACCCAGGUUUUGAAUUAUACAAAAACAAAUUAGCCAAUAUAUUUAUAUUAGAAAAUUUUGAUCAUGGAGAUGAUCCAGUGAAGUUUAAAUACGAAGUGAAGAUAAAAGAUGAAAUCGAUAAAUAUUUCACUGAGGCUCAGAAAAGGAAUGCCGUCCCUUUGAGCAGAGAUAAUAUUUACAAUGAACUUUAUUCCGCGCUAUAUAAAGUACCUGUUCCAAAUGAGAAAUCAGUAAUUCAAGAGGUUGAAGAAGUUAAGUUAAGAUGUGAAAUAGAUGGGUGGUUUGAAAGUUUGCCUAUCAGAGAAGCAAUAAACCUUAAUGAGCAACUAGAUUGGGAUCAAAUACUUUCAGUGCUUGUUAAAAGAACUUACGAAAUCGAAAGUAAUAAUCCAAAGGCUGAUGAUUUAAUACAAAAAGAAGUGACUAAAUGGUUGAUUAAAUUUCCAAUGUUGCCUGGAGAAGAAAAUAAUAUGGAUAAACAUGCAAAAUCUUUAGUAGAUAGAUUAAAAGCAUCCAAAGAUGAAAGAAAAUGUACUCCGAAAUCAAAAAAAGAUAAAGGAAAAGGAAAAUCUUCAAAGAAAGCAGCAGCAAAACGCGAUAGCUUAAACAAAACCCAAGCCCCUAGUGAUACUAGUGUAAUGUGGCGUACUAAUUCUAUGAGAAGAGCUAGCCAACUAUCUGGUGCCAGCUUGAAUCCGUGUUGUAUAGCAGCAUCUACACCCAAAAGAAAAACAGCAGAUAUUAUACUAGAAAUCGUUGAAAAUUGGUGUCAAAAUUUACCCCUCUCACCCGAAUCAGGUGAAAAUGAAAGUACCAUUAAGGAUGAUUUAGUAACCAAAAUACUUAGAAAACUCAGUGAACUUAAUGCAAAUCCAGAAAUCUUUGAUGAUGAUUUCCUAUAUGAUGACUACUUGGAUGAUGAACUUGACCGUCUAAUGAAAACGUUUCCGUUGUGUUGUAAGCUUCAACAAAACACGGAGUUUAAAAAGUUUGAAUUAAUAUCUGCUCUUAGGAAAAUCAAGCCAUUAUUAAAAGCAGAAAAAGCGAGACAUAAAUAUAAAAAAGAAAUAAGAAGUACAGUGAGAAAUAUGUUGAGAGGGCCGCUCGAUACAACACCUGAAAAGGCGCUAUUUGACGAUCUAGUCGACGACAUAGCAGAUAGUUUUGUACAAUAUAAUUACAACGAAAAUGAUCAUGAAGAGAAACAUUUAUAUAGAAACAGGAUUCGAGAUGCUCUCAUAAAGUUUUAUUCAGAAUUUGAUGAAAAAGAUAAUGAAGAUACAUUAAUAAGACAAAAUAAAUUUAUAUGUGAGUUAGGAAAAAUUCCCAACCCAGGCGAAGAAGCAUUAAAAGAAGAAAUAGAUGAAAUUAGAAUGAAAGAAGAGGUUUCAAUUUUUCUGGAAGAGGUAAUCCCGAACGAAUCUACAGAGAAAAAGAAAUUAAUCAAAACAAAUUUAUCAAAACGUCUACAUGAUUUAGAAAGGAGCGGUCACACGUGUGCUACAGAUAAAUCUAUGAGAGAAGUAAUAGAUACGUCUUUGAAAAAAACAGGUACGGAAGUAGAUAUGGAUAAGAUAGAAGACUUUGUAAAUACAUUAAAAAAUAACGAAUCAAUAAGGAAAUCUCCACCAGGAACGAGGUCACAUCAAACCAGUGUGAACGUUAGUCAACAGCUCAUACAACACGGCUGGAAAUCAGGACAAUUUGCUGAUAGUUCAGCAGAGCCAAACUAUGAGUACCAACCGCCAACGCCCCAGCAUUACCCGACAUUUCCUUCGUCUCCGGGAGGUCAUAUAUCAUACGAACCAUCUUCGAGUAUAAAAUAUCAUACUCUUCCCCCAGAAAAUCUGGGCUAUAGGCCACCUGGAGCGAAGUCGCCGGGAACUCAAGGGCCGCAAGCGACGCAAUGGUUCCAACCAGACGCGUCUCAUCUUAAACCGACAGGUAGCCAAGACUGGCACACAUUACCUACUCUAAGCCCUGGCCAAAGACAGUCAGAAGUUGCGUUAAGAUCCCCCUCUGCAUGGCAAACUCUGCCAUCACCUAGUCCAGGGUAUAAAACAACACGAGAAACGAUUCAGAGUUAUUUAAGAAGACCAAGUUCAGUUCAAACAACUAACAUACGACCAGUGAGUCCAGAUAGAUCAGUAGACCAACCUAAUGUGCCACCGCCAGGUCGUAAUUUAGACGAAAGAUACCCUAGGCGUCAUUCUUUCGAAGUUCAAUCCAAUCAAAAUGACAAUAAAGAAAAACGCAGAACAUCGCUGCAGAUCCCAUUGAGCUAUGAUAGCGAUUUGAUGCUUGACAAGAUUCGAUUGGGCAUCGCAGAUAGAAACGUUCCAAAAAGUUACAAAGAAGUAUGUAAUGAGUCACAGAGGAACUCCACUCCAAACGCUCCAAUAAACGCACACGAUUCAGUCGUUUCAUCAGCUCAAAGUCCAAAAGCAGCAACCCGUAUACCUCGGCCAGUAUCAUCUCCUCUCCGAAGUUCAAUAAGUUCUAAAUCUCCCCCAAGAACAUCACCACAAAGUCAAACUUCAGUUGUGGAACCAACAUUGUCAUCCAGACCAGUACAGAGCAAUCAAGGCAUUCAAGACGCUGAACCAGGUUUAGCGCCUAUUCCUAUUUCUGCUGUGCCACAGAGUACUAGAAAUGCAGCAUCUAUAAGAGACGACGUUGGGCCUACAGUCUCUAAUAUACCUCAAGAAACUCCCGAAGCUCCUGAAGGAACUCACAGGAUGGCUACAGCACCACAUUUGACUAACCCUCCGAGAAAAAGAAGGAGGAUCGCUCCCGAUGAAGAAGAGAGAGAUAUCUGUGAUUGUUUGCUUCAAACUGGCAGAAAGAGACGGUGUUUGCCGCUUCUUGACGAGUGGGGUGGCUACCCCGUUUGGUGUUACAUGCCGGUCCCAGGUUUUUGUUACUUUUAGUUCAUUUGUUUCAGUAGAAAUUGAAAUAUAUACAUUUUAUU